AUGAGGAAAAUGCUUCUUCUCAGCAUCUGGUUGCUCUCCGUAACCAGAUGCUAUCACAAAGAGAUUCAGGUACAUUCAGGCCAGGAGGGAGGACUGGUUCACAUCUACUGCCCGUAUGACUCAGGAUAUGAAACUUAUCCUAAAUAUUUCCGUAAGGGCCCCUAUGCUUAUAGGAAAACUGUCAUUGAAACCACUGAUAAAAUGUGCAAACAGAGGACAGAAAAGAGGAAGUAUGAUCUCUGUGAUGACACAGAGAAAAGAAUCCUGCAUGUGACCAUCUAUAACCUGGACCUGAAAGAUACUGGGACCUAUUGGUGUGAAAUAAAUGCAUAUAUGUAUGAUCCAGUAAUAGAAAUUGACCUCAAAGUCCACAAAGCUCCUGCACCUGUCAAACCUCAGCCGGUCCCCCUAAAUCCUCCUAUUCAGACUACAGUGGAAGCCGUCACCAUGACUCAGCAACAAUCAGCAAGAACAACAGUGACAGUGGAUGCCAGCGUGACAACAGUGGGGUUCACAACAUCUGAAGAUGUACACACAGCACCACCGGCAGGAAAGUGGCUGUACUUGGUUAUGGCUGCUGCUGCUCUGCUGCUGGUUCUGCUGCUGGUUUUAUAUUUAAGACUGAGAGGCCACAGACGUGAUACAGCGAGAGUCCCAGUCACCACGGGUUCAUCUGACACCAUAUACACAACAGUAACCUGUUACAGAAGACGAGAUGCCCACGGAUCGGACAGUUUCUCUGCACCGAUAAUCAAUCAGCACAAGAACAUCUGCAGCUCAUCCGCUGACAGAGACCAACACACCAGUGAGGACGACUCCCAGCCCAGGAGACAGAUAACAUUAGCUGCCUCUGUGCUAACCUCUGUGGUGUACACCAUCAUCAAACACCCAAAGAAUUAGUCCCAGCUGGUGUUAUUGUUGUUUUAUAUACUCAUUUCUUAAUAUUCAUUAGUUUGUCAGUCAGUUCAUUCAGUGGUGUGUUUGAUUUCAUCAUUUCCUGUAUUAUCUUAUCACUGUACAUUCGCUUGUUUUAAAGUGUGGAAUUAAAAAUCAGAUG